AUCUAAUGAGCCAGGUUGAUGAAUCUGCACUGAUUGCUCCAUAGUUAGUCGUGGAUUCUCUGUAACUAGAUCGACGGAGUCUUUCAAAUCAUUUUUAUGAAUCAUAUAUAAAUUAGUUCCUUGGUUUAAUUGUGGAGUAAUAUUUCAAUUCCAAGUGUGCUUUAUUCGCUGUGAGGGUCCCCAGUUCGCCCUUGUAUGUGGUUAAGGAAUAAAACGGACAAUUCGCCUUAGGAGAACUCGUACAGAGCCAACCCCCAAAGUCACCAAAAGAAGAUGGAAUUUCUGAAAUGGACAAUGUCGUAGUGUUAACCGGAAGAGCCUCAACCUACACACUAGUUAUGGCACAUUGGAAAAUUGAAACUAUCUUAUCAACUGUUACUGGAGACUAUAUGACCAGCAUCUGUUAGUACUGAUGAUUUUAAUACAGUGAUGACUUCCUCUUUUUCUUUUGGACGUCUUGAUGGCAGCCACAAGAAAUUUUAGAUGACGCAACCUAAGGUCCACCAUGCCACGGUUGCUGGAUAAGGCAAGAUAUAUAAUAUUGUUGCUUCUGUAUACAACACUGGGUGUGCAGGCGGAGGACGAGUUUACGUUUGGCGACACAGAAACCCGAUACUUUUAUCACUCCAAAAUUCUCCCAGAGAAAAAGGAGGUGAAAGCAUACCUUCUUCACAACAAAACAGAAAAAAUAUUUUUCGUCCAGGGCGAAGAUCAGAGGCCAUUUUUUCUAUCGGUCAUUCCUUGUGCCUCCUCGGUAGAGUGGACACUAACUCACAAGAGUGCAUCAGAGUACAGCAGUGAGUCCUCAGAUCCCCCGAAAUCGUCACCAAAGCCAACUGUUCUUCAUAAAUAUACAGGAAGAGGGUUCCACAGCUUCAAAUACAAUAAAGGCUUACCCGGACUAUAUACGAUAAAUAUUAGACCUCUCGAGAGUGAUACGUACGUGCAUCUAUAUGGUUCUAAUAGAUUUCAAAUAAAAAGUUAUCCAAAAUUGCCAAAAGACCACACAGUCAAAGUUAAGAAACACAGUAGGAAAAGUUUUACUGUUGAAUGGCAAUCUAGUCCAGAGGAAACACCAUUCGACAAUAUAAUCGAGUAUCAUAUAGCAGUGAACAGGAAACAUUCUUUUGACACAUUUUGUUCACUAAUGUCUCAUUACAAGGGUGAUCAACGGCCUCCCCUUCCGUCGCCAAAUUUUAACUUUUCAGAUGAAAUCCAUCGUGAGCGUGAGUUUCUGAAAAAGGCCAAUCCGAUCAAAGCGGCAAAAAAGAAUGAAAUAACUUACAAAGUAUUAGGAGUGAAAACUAAAUACACAUUUAACGGAGCUCGACCAGGACGAAAGUACUUUGUGAAUGUAUUUGUAUAUAAUAAACAAACUGGCAAAGCCAGCGCAUUUAAAAGUUUAUUGGUGAGGACUAAACCGAGAAAACCUCGAAAGCGUCAAGGACGAAUAAAAAAUGGUAGAAUUGAAGAACACAAAUUUACAAAACCUAAAGAAUUGUUGACAAUGGAAUACAGAGUGAACAAACCCGCCAAGGAAGUGUUGCUAGGUGUUCAUGUGUGUGGUGGGAAAAUCAGAUUUCAAAUACGGAAUAAAAAGAAGAAGGUGUUUAGUAGGAGAAUAAAAAGUUCUAAAGAAUUUGUUCUCAAAGACCUCGAGAAAGGUACUUACACAGUUAAAAUUAAAGGUUCAAAAAAAGGAGGAGGGGACAUACGAUUCACUUUAAGUACUAAGAGAAAUAAAUAUAGGUUUCCAAAGUUACCGAAAGACACAAGAGUGACGACACUCAAUUCUACGUGUGAAAAUGUGACAAUUGCCUGGUUAGGGGAAACACAAAGACAGAAAUUCUGUAUAUAUAAGACUGAAUUAUCGGAGGGAGAACGGAAUCUUCGACCAAAGCAUGACCAGUGUUCCAAUGAAAUUGACAAAGCCAGUGAAUUAGUGUUUUGCAAACGAUUUAAGAAUCACAACCAGCAAUUGUUACGUGAAACUAUAACUGGACUUAAAGCAAAUAGCAAUUACACAAUUGAUGUUGUUGUUAAACGAAAUGGAAAUUCAAAAUUCUUCUUACGAUAUGACAGUUUACAUAUAAAAACUGAAAAAACGUGUUGAAAAGAAUUUUGAUGUGACGUGUGCAAGAAGGAUGCGUUUGAAUGUUUAUACUUGGUUGAUAGAAAAAGUCAUUAUUUUAUUUGGAAUUAUUAAGGUGCAGCAUUGUUUAUAAGUGAUUACUGGAUUUUUUUAUGUAGCAGCUUGUUACAUUGCAUGCUGGACAUUAUGAUCUACUGAUACUGACAUUGUGUGACAGAUUAUAAUCAACUUUUGACAAUGCUAUUUUCUCACUUUAACAAUAUUUUUUCUUUAAAUUAUGGAAAAAAAAUUGCUCUGAGUUUUUAUUAAAUUUAUAAAAAUCUUAUUUAGAAAUUAUGGUUCAGUAAUCAGUCUCAAAUGUAACUACUUGUAUGUUAAAAGAUUACGUAAUAUUAUUGUCAAUCAGUUUUCAAAUAGAAGCUGGGAAGGUUUACAUGACAAAUAUAAGUGAGCGAAUGUAAGUGAGCUUGUUUAUUUAUUUGAUUUCAUUUAAUUUAUAUAACUCAUAGAUGUUGAAUAGGAGACUUCAAAGUGGCUGUGAUGUUCUGUAUAUAAAUGUGAUAUUUUUCGGCAUUUUGUUGAAUCACAUUGCCGAGUUACAUUCUGAUCUUACUGUGAGCAUCACAUGUACAACAAUACUUACAAAGUGCUUUGAAACAUUUUUUUGACAUUGGAUGAAUGGAUGGGAGUUUGUCAGUGCAAUGAUAAAUGUACUUUAUAAACGUCAAUCUAUUAUUUUUGGUGCUAUAUUUGUUUAGAUUUUUUUCAUGAAUUAUCGCCACAGGUAGACAAAAAGGGGUAAAUGUUCAGUAAUAAUAAUCUCAUUUUUAAGUGAAAGAUGCUGCCGGUGUUAAACUAGUUAUCUUUAUUAAAGUCUUGUAAAUAUGUGCAUGAUCUUUGACACGAAAUCAUGUUUGGUGUAAUAAGAUAAGAAUAUGAUGAAUUCAGAAUUUGGCACUUUCGGAAUCUUUCAACAGUUAACAAACGAUGCAUUUCAGGAAGACGAUAUUUUUAUCAGAAAUCUUUAUCCUGAUAUUCGAAGAAUGUUAACAUUUGGCCUGAAGAUUAUUGGGGGAUUGAUGAUAAUAUGUCUCGGACAAAGACCUAGCUAGUUUCCUUGUGACUGUAAUGCACCCCAUUUAGUUUUCAACACAAGAAAUCCUACAGUAGCUCUGAUCUGAGAGCCUGUAAUGAAAAGACUUCGUUACUUCAGUAUUUGUUAUAUUUUGUUAUAUAUUUAUUACACAAACAGUAUUCUGUCUUUUUAUAUUUCUCCCUUGAAAUCUCAAGUUUGCAUUCUUUAAAAUAUAUAUAUAUAUAUAUAUAUAUAUAUAUAUAUAUAUAUAUAUAUAUGAAUUUUUUUCUGAUUAAUCGAUAAAUGUGGGACACUAACUCUUCAUUGUUACAUGACAAGCUUGCUUCCUUCAAUUCAGAAUUACAGUGUGCAAGUGUAUCAUUUGUAAUUUUAUUUCAUUACUUGAAGUAACUUGGUUUUGCGCAUGCUCAGCUAAGUAUAAUCACGCUUUUUAUAGGCAUUUUAUGCAAAUUAAAAAAAAUGAGGUCCCGAUCGCUGUCAUGUUUCUAUUUGUUUUAUAUUUAAUAUUGAUACAUUCAGAUAUGUUGUUGACAAUAAAAGAGUAACAAAAUCUUA